AUGGCGUCCCAACCAGAACUCACGUCGACCACAGCGGCGACCGACAACCAAAAUGUCGACCUCAGCAACACCACCGCCCAGCUCGACAACCUUGCGAUCGAAGAGGAAGACGACGACGACGACCUCCAAGAUGUCUUUGAAUCCGACGAUGACCUCGACUGCGAAGAUGGCGGCGCCGACCUGACCAAGUCGUACAACCGCCAACAACAUGGCGCCGGUGCUACCAACUCUCAGCAGUCCCAAGCUCAGGCCCAGCAACAAAAACCCACAGCCAACACGUCGGCCCGCGUCGACGACCAGAUCGCCGCCCUCUCCAAGUUCGCCGGAAAGAUCCGCAUCGACGCCUUCGACAAUGCCUCCGGUCCCGCUGAGCGCAGCAAAGACAAGUCCGACCGUGCCACCUCCGAACUCGUCCUCGACCAGCGCACGCGCAUGAUCCUGCUGCAGAUGAUCAACCAGGGCUUUGUCUCCGAGAUUCACGGCGCCAUCAGCACGGGCAAGGAAGCCAACGUCUACGGUGCCAUCCUCCACCCCGAGGAUGGCUCGGCCCCCAUACACAAGGCCAUCAAGAUCUACAAGACGGCCAUUCUGGUGUUCAAGGAUCGCGAGAAGUACAUUACCGGUGAACACCGCUUCAAGAGCGGCAGCGAAAAGGGAAACAACAGGAAGAUGGUCAAGCUCUGGGCCGAAAAGGAAUUCAGAAACCUGCGCCGUUUGUACACAGCCGGCAUCCCCUGCCCGGAGCCCAUCAAGCUUAAGCUGCACGUUCUCGUCAUGAGCUUCUUGGGAGAUCGCAAGGGCUGGGCCUACCCCCGUCUGCGCGACGCUCCCAUCUCGGGCGACGACGCCGACGAGCAAUGGCGCGACCUCUACAUCCAACUCCUCGGCCUCAUGCGCAAGUUGUACCAGGUCUGCCGCCUCGUCCACGCCGAUUUGUCGGAAUACAACAUUCUCUACAACAACAAGAAGCUCUAUAUCAUUGACGUUUCCCAAUCCGUCGAGCACGAUCAUCCCCACUCGCUUGAGUUCCUUCGUAUGGAUAUCAAGAACGUCGGCGAUUUCUUCAGGAGGAAGGGUGUUGACACUUUGUCGGACCGCACAAUUUUCGAUUUCAUCGUCAACCCCAAGGGACCGGUCGAGGAACCCGGUAUGAAGGAGACGGUCGAACAGCUGUACCAGACGAGGGUGGAGGUGGAGGAUACCGAGGAGGCCAGGGCCGAGCAGGAGGUCGACAACGAGGUUUUCAGAAACCAGUACAUUCCCAAGACGCUGAACGAGGUUUACGAUAUCGAGAAGGAUGUUGCCAAGGUGAACGAGGGUCAGGGAGAGGAUUUGGUAUAUAAGAACCUAUUGGCGGAUCAAGUGGUGCACAAGAUGGCGGAGGAUCAGGAAGAGGAGGAGUCUGAGGAGGAGGAGGAGGAGGGCAGUGGUGACGAAGAGGAGGGUAGUGAUGACGAGGAUGACGAGAGCCGAUUCGAAAAGGGAACACCAAGAGGCAAGAGGUUCAUCGACAAGGACGAAAAGAAGCAGCACAAGGCGGCGGUUAAGGAGGCCAAGAGGGAGAAGAGGAAAGAGAAGAUACCCAAGGCGAUGAAGAAGAAGUUGGUGAACAGCACAUCGAGGAGGAAGCACUAA